UGGAUCAUGUCGCCAACAAUUCUAUAUAAACAUUAAAAGAAUCCUGCAGAUGUGUCGACUUAAAGAUAGAUAUUUGGAAUCAUUCAAAUCAUUUGAAUUCAAAGGACGUUUUAAAUCGUGUUAAUUGAUAAAGAGCUCAAGGAAAUUCGAGAUGAGGUAGGUGGUUAUCGGGCAGCGAGCGUUACCGAAUGAUCAUCUUUUUGCGCCGCAGAGUGAAAUGGAUGAAUCAGCAGGCCUGUACAAACGAGGCUUACGUGCCGACCAUCGUCGAGCACGUGGCCAACGUUUUUACCCACGGGAUCUGGAUUGUGCCGGCGUUCCUUGGAGCUUUCGAGCUCAUCGAGCGCGCCUCGACCUGGCCAAAAUUGCUUUCGGCACUCAUCUAUGGGUGCUCGCUGCUCCUUCUAUUUACCGUCUCCACUAUUUUCCAUAGCAUACAUUACUGCUACCAUAAGGGGCGAUUCGUGCACUUGAAAGACUUGUUGCAUCGAUGCGAUCGCGCAAUGAUCUAUGUUUUCAUAGCGGCGACGUACUUCCCAUGGUUAAACCAUGAGCCAUUCCAAGGUGACGUUCUACUGCCUACUAUGCGAAUUCUCAUUUGGAUAAUGGCGGCAGUUGGUAUACUUUAUCAGCAGAUCUUCCACGAGAAAUACAAAUGGUUGGAGACGACGUUUUAUGUGAUAAUGGGGAUUGGACCGAGUGUCGCGAUUAUUGGUAUUAACGAGUACAACAAUAUACCAGAGUUGAAGAUCGGAGGCCUCGCCUAUCUUCUGGGCAUCGUCUUCUUCAAGUCAGACGGCCGUAUUCCAUGCGCCCACGCAAUCUGGCACCUGUUUGUCGCAAUCGGUGCGGGCUUUCACUACCAAGCGAUUCGCUACCACCUGUACCCGGAUGUCGGAGCGCCACUCUUGGCCCCGGGCGAGCAACACUACACCCUCUUCGCCGCCGGAGAUUCUCAUCCAGAGUUUUAGAUCGCUUGGCCAAGCUCGAUGACAUUACUGCGGGAAUUGUAAGUCUUGAAAUUACGAGAGGACCAA